CGCUGGCCCGAGAGGAGUGCACCUGGCGCCUUCGAUAUCUGGGGAAGCUCGCAUCAGAUCUUCCACAUUUUUGUCAUCCUUGCAGCCGUUACACACUUUUAUGGCAUGGCCAAGGCUUUCGACUACCACCACACCAUUAUGGGUUCUCAGUGUCUCAUGGACUAA